AUGGAAUCAACUGUGGAAAAUGUGAGCGAUACUGCCAUUAGAAAUCGAUGUGCCGUCGUUUAUCGAAGAAAGAGCCUCACGACUGUUGGAAAUUAUGAGCCCGCGAACUUCGUGUUCUCGCCGGUGAGCGUAAGCAUUGGCCUUGGGAUGCUGUAUGGAGGUGCACGGUCUGACACAGCUGAGGAAAUGAAGGAUGUCAUGCAUUUCGACAAAGAUCCACAUCUUUUCUUCGAAAAACUCAUCGCUUCCUUGAAUGAUUCAAAUGAAGCAGCGAUCAUGAAGAUGGCAACCAAGCUCUAUGUGAGGAAAGGCUACGAGGUCACCAACUCUUACAAGAAUCUUCUAAAAGAAUCCUACAAGAGUGACAUUCAGGAAAUCAGCAUGGAUGAUCCUGGAAGAAGGGUCAUCAACUCUUUUGUGGAGGAACUUGUGGGGUACCCAGCACCCCAACUUUGCCUUCUUGCCAAGCUCAGCCAGAUGAUGAAGGAUAGUUGUAUGGGAGACACCCAGCAAGUCCGCAAGCUCUCGCGAUGUUUGCCGGUUGUUGGCCUCCAGUGCCUCCUGCAAGGCAGAGUUAUCAAACUCCGAAGGACGACCGGUGCGUGGCUGGUCUUCCAGGCUUUCAUUUCCUUUCUGGAAGCGACUGUACCAAUCAUAGGCAGUGCUCUUGGACACAGUGUCCGGGCCAAACGCGGUAUUGAUGUCAGCGAUGGAAUUGGCUGCCUUCUUCUCGAUUCGGAAGUCAUAAAGAAGAAGCAGGCGAACUUGCUCCUUAGGGUCUUGGAUGAAUUGACAAGUCUGGUGCUGCUCAAUGCCAUCUACUUCAAGGGCAGUUGGGAAAUGCCGUUCCUCCCGGAAAAAACCCGCACAUCCCAUUUUCGAGUGACCGAGAAAGAAACCGUGCCGGUUUCCAUGAUGUUCAUCUCAGAAAUUUUCCCCUUCGGUAGAGACAAGUACCUCAAGUGCAAAUACGUCAAACUUUCAUAUGUUGGGAAUGAGCUGGAAAUGCUAUUUGUACGCCCCGAUGAAGUUGAUGGGUGGAAGAAACUCGGGGAAAAUAUCACAGGGGGCAUAAUUGCUAAAUGGAGCCGAGAAGGGGAAUUAACGGAACUGGACUUAUAUCUGCCUCGCUUCAAGGUCGAACGGGAUAUUCCCAUGAAGAAAAUCCUCCGAGAGCUGUGGGCACUAUAUUCUGCGCAUAAUCUUCAACAGAUGGGCUUGAGAAAGAUCUUCUCAGAGAGAGCAGAUUUAUCUGAGGUAGAUGGGAAAAAGGAUCUACAUGUGAGUGAUGCUUUCCACAAGGCCUUCAUUGAAGUGAAUGAAGAUGGGACAGAAGGAGCUCCAGCUCCAGGUGAGAGAUUGGGAUGUCAUCCUCGUUAUCCUCCCUUGCCUGCUUCUGCAAAGUUGCUUGUCCCACAUACACUCCCCUCCAAAAGCCUUGCAACCCUUUUUUGAUUUGGGUGCCGCACAUGUGCUUGUGGUUCGUGCGUAAAGAAAGAGAUCCUCCGCUUUGACCGACCAUUUGCUUUCUUCCUUUUGCAUCGAGAGAGUCAAACCAUUCUCUUCGCUGGGAUUGCAGUUCGACCUUCUCCUUCUCCAGUCUUCUGCGCGCGGCUGCAGCUGGGUCCCAGCUGGGUUUAUGUCAGAACGUCAACAAGAGGGAUCACGCACGCCCAACCGUACUGGUACGGCGAAGUGCGGAGAAAGUUAAGGAGUGUGGGCUUAGCGGCGGACCUCACCGAGGAGUGGAGGAGGAGCCACCCCCUACCGGACACCUCCCACCUCCAAGAGACCUCCCACGGACCGGGACAAGGGGGUGGAGGCGAGACUAGAGAGUGGACAGUGACUGUGUGGAUGUGA